AUGAAUACGGUCCUACCUUUUAUUCAAAGUAUUGUAAAUGGAGUGGUUUCGAUAUUCAAUGGAGGAAAGAAAGUAAUGUACUUUGCCGAAAAAGUUUUUUACUAUCAAAACAAUCUUGGUGAAUUGAUCAAAUUGACUAGAGAACAAGUCGAACGAUAUUUGGAAUUCGUUACCAAAAAGUUUGAAGAGUUCACCAAUCAAAUCUAUGCUUUCACCUCAGAAAUGAUAUUAGAAGACAGCAAAAAAGAAAGAGAGAAUCAAUUGUUAUUAGAAAAUAAAUAG